AUGGCAUCCAUGGAAGUUUUCGAGGACAAAAUGACGAAAGUUUUUAAUUUCUUCGAUUUGGACAAGGACGGCAGUUUAACUCGAGAAGAAAUCAUUCAAGCGUCGGAUACCGUUUGUUCCUUGAGUAAGGCCACCACAGACGAGGUAUCCCGUACCAGAGAGCAGUGGACCACGUGGUGUGACGCCAUCUUCCCUGAGGGACGGGUUUCGCUAAAGUCAUUCCUAGAUCGUAAUAAAGAAUUGUUGUCGUCUGAGCCCGAUUUAGUGAAGCAGGCAGCCAGAGAUACAUAUAACUCCAUGUUUGACAGAUUGGAUGGCAAUAAAGAUGGUUUCAUUUGCCCAGAAGAGUUACGACUGUAUUACAAGGCGUUUGGUUAUGGAAAGGACUACAGUAUAUACAAGAUCUUCCAACGUCUUGACGACGACAAAGACGGGCUUAUCAGCCGGGAAGAAUUUGUUACGGCAGGGCAGGUGUACUGGAGCAAUGAACCCGGCUUUGAGUUUCUGUUCGACCCGCCAAAGACAGGCACUCGAUGA